AUGGCAUCGACUGCCUCGGGGCGGGCGGCGGCCGCCGCGGCGUCUGCGGCGCUCGCCUCGGCGCCAGGCAGCUGGGGGAGUCGCUCAAAGCUCGUCUCAAUCAUGGCGCGCAGCAUCUGCUUGCUGACCGGCUUCGGCUUCACCUACUCCUUCGCGAACCCUGACGACGACACAGUCUACGAGAUGUUUCCUCUUGAGACGCAGAAACGCUUCGCGAUGGUGAACCUUUUCCACGUCGAAAAGGACAAGGCGAAAGAGUUCGAGGCCCGAGCCAAAGACUGCUCGCGCUUCAACCAACAGCAACAAGGAUAUCUGUAUACGCGGCUGCUGCGCGCGAAGGACGCGGCAACGGCCCCGUAUCAGUACCUUCAGAUCACUACGUGGCUCACGAUGGAGGACUUUCUGCUAGCUCGUGAUAAGCCAGUUGGCGCGCAGCUGCGCAAGAAUCUCCCGGCCUCGGGCGCGCCGCCUCUCCUCUACCAAAACGUCGCAGACGACACGAAGCACUCCCCGACAGCUGCGCACGCCUAUCCUCGAGCUUAG